AUGGUCAUCACUGUCCACACAGCGGAAUCGGUGUCAGAGUCGUCGUACGUUGGCAAGCAGCAUAUCCCGAGUUUCAAGAACGAAAUGGGAGGCGAGGAGACCCACGAGGAGCACGCCGUCAGCAGCAUGCUCCCAACUCAUCACGAGGAGGAGCAGCUGGCCUGGGCGCGCAUCCGUGAAUAUUUCCAAGAUGGCUUCUCCGAGUUCUUCGGAACCAUGGUCCUCGUCCUCUUUGGAGACGGUGUCGUCGCCCAGGUUGUUCUGAGUAAAAGCACCAAGGGUGACUACCAGAGUAUCUCCUGGGGCUGGGGACUGGGUGUCAUGCUCGGAGUCUACUGUAGCAAGAAGUCUGGCGGACAUCUCAACCCGGCAGUGACGCUGGCCAACUGCGUAUUCCGCGGCCACCCGUGGCGCAAGUUCCCCAUCUACUUCAUUGGCCAGCUCUUGGGCGCCAUGGUGGCAGCCCUCAUCGUGUACGGCAACUACAUCAAGGCCUUCGACGCGUUCGAGGGCGGCGCUGGCAUCCGCACCGUCGGGGGCCCCAACUCGACGGCCGGCGUCUUCUGCACAUACCCCGCCGAGUUCAUGACCCGAACGGGCAUGUUCUUCUCCGAAGUUAUCGCGUCCAGCAUUCUCCAGUUCGUCAUCUUCGCGCUCGCCGACCCCGCCAACGGAGCAGCCGGGCCCUUCAUGCCCCUGGCCCUCUUCUUCCUCAUUUUCGGCAUCGGUGCCUGCUGGGGCUGGGAGACCGGUUACGCCAUUAACCUGGCUCGUGACUUUGGCCCCCGCCUGGUUUCGUACAUGCUUGGUUACGGACAUGAGGUGUGGUCCGCCGGUGGAUACUAUUUCUGGAUCCCCAUGGUUGCCCCCUUCUUCGGAACCCUUCUCGGUGGCUUUCUGUACGAUGUCUUCAUGUACACGGGCGAGAGCCCGAUCAACAGUCCCUACUUCGGUCUCACUCGUCUCUUCCAGCCUCGCCGAGAUGUGUGGUCCAACACGUACAAGAACCGCUUGGAAAAGGUGUAA